CUUGGGCUUCUUCUGCAUAACAACAGUUUUCUUGUUGGAAUGUUUACUUCUUUAUAAUACAGGCAUAUGAUGUCGACAAACAUGGUGUCGGUACUUUGUCGAUUUGGGGGCGACCUCAUUCGUGAAUCUAUUAAUCUUUAUUACAAGGGAGGCACAAACCGCAUUGUUCACGUCGAUCGAGCAAUUGAUUACCACAAUCUUUUAUUCAAAGUGCGUGGGAUUUGUAAGUUGACUGACAUUAGCAGCAUUAAGUAUAAAUAUCCUGGUCUAUAUUUGGAUUCACUUGUGUCAAUUGUGGAUGAUGACGAUAUAUCUAAUAUGAUGGAAGCAUUUCCUAAAAGCAGUGAGCUAGUUCAGCUCUUUAUUUCUGGUGCCCAAGACCUUUCAAAACCCAUUACAAUUUCAAGUAAUCGGAUGCAGAAUGCCGAUAAUGGAAAUGUUCAAGCAUCAUUGUGGGGCUUACAUGAAAGUAACAAAAGACCUUCCACACAUAAUAUUAACACCAAUAAUAAUGAUGUUCCAGGUGUGACAAAUGACUUGCAUAGAAUAGACUGCUUGUCGAUGGAUAGUAGCGUCAAUGGCAUGCCGAAAAUGAUGUCAAUUUUAAAUGAAGGCCAAGAAUUUAAAAAUGCAAAUGCUUUCGACAAAGCUUUAAGGGAGUACGCCAUUCGUUCAAAUUUCCAAUACAAGUGA